AUGUCAGAAGAAUACACCACGUGCUAUGAUUACCAAGAUUGCUUUGACUUUCCUAACUGCACAGGCUUUCCUCCUACCAACGUAAGUGAUGUAAAGGACUUCAACAAAGUGUUUCUCACCACUCUCUACAGUUUGGUUUUCAUCAUGGGCUUCAUAGGUAAUGGACUAGUGGUGUAUGUCCUGGUGAAGCACCGCAAUCAGUGCAACCUGACAGACAUCUGCCUCUUCAACCUGGCUCUCUCUGACCUCCUCUUCGUCUUCACGCUGCCUUUCUACUCUCACUAUGCCAGGGUCGGCCAGUGGACUUUUGGAGACUUCAUGUGCCGUUUGAUCUCCUGCUCUCACCACAUUGGCUUCUUCAGCAGCAUCUUCUUCAUGGUUGUCAUGACGCUGGACCGCUACAUGAUCAUUGUGCACGCUCACAGGGUUGCACGUUAUCGCACAAAGAGGGCUUCCAUCAUUCUGACCGUGCUCGUUUGGAUGCUGAGCUUGUUUGUCUCUCUGCCGGAUUUUAUCUUCAGAAAGGCAAAAGAACAGGAAUCCCAAGGAGUGCAGUGUGACUAUCCUGACGAGAGCAAAAUAUGGGAGCGUUAUGAUUUGUUUACCACAAAUGUGCUGGGUCUUGUGAUUCCCUUGCUGGUGAUGGUAGGUUGCUACUCCAGGAUCAUCCCCACACUGGUAAACAUGAGGACCGCAAAGAAGCACCGCAUCAUCAAGCUGAUCAUCUGCAUAGUAGUUGCAUUUUUCUUGCUCUGGGCUCCAUAUAACAUUUCCCUUUUCCUAAAGUUCUUCCUGGAAAAAGAAAUAAUCCUCAAUGAUAAAGUCUUGGACGAAAAUAUAAGGCUGUCAAUAACAGUGACUGAAGCCUUUGCUUACACUCACUGCUGUCUGAAUCCCAUCAUAUAUGCUUUUGUGGGAGAGAAGUUUAUGAGACGAGCCUUGCAGCUGCUGAAAAAGUUGAUGCCUGGUUACAGCAUAGAUCUGACAGACAGCUCAUUCAGGAGAAGCUCAGUUAUGUCCAGGGGCUCUGAAAUCACCUCCUCUUUUAAACUGUAGAAGGUGGAGGACAGUUGUUUGAUUCAUCCAGGAUGCAGUCUCCAACAUCGGCUGCAGACUCACCCAGAAUCUUAAUUACCUUCGACUCCAAUGCUCUUCCUUUUUCUGCUCAGGUUAAAUUAAACUUGCUGGUCUCCUAAACCGAACCUGCUGCUUUACAGCAACCUGUAACAGUUUGCUUAAUUCUUCAGACAUCUUUUAUGAGCCUUACAUGUUUGCAAAAACACACCAAAAAGAGCACAAAACUAUUUCAGAUCUUUGUUGUACAAAAUGUGCACAUUGUCUUACUGUAAUUCACAUUUCUAACUAUUUCCACAUUAUUUUCUGAUGUUCAGCCUUUUAUAGUUCUUUUGUUUGUUGUAUAAUGUUAUGGUUCCUUGUAUUUGUCGCUAUUUGCCAGUGGAGUUGACUCCUAUCCUGAUUUUGUAUUAUCGCUUCGUUAAGACAAUCAAUGAUA